UCGGCGGGGGCAGUGGCAGCGGUAGUGUCGGAGGAGGGCAGCAGGGUCGCCGCUGUCCCCCGCCCGCCCAUGCCGCUGCCCGCCGUUGGUCUGCAAACCUGUCUGUCUACUCACCGUGAGGCCAUCUCGGUCCAGCGUCCAUCUGACCGUCUGCCUGCGUCCCGUGUGUCAGCCUGUCUGUCCCUCCAUCUGCUCGUCUGUCUCUGGCCCCCUCUGUCUGUCCAUCUGUCCAGUGUUCUGUGAGUCCGUCUGCGCUUCUGGUCCAUUCAUCUGCUGUUCUGGCCUGUCUGUCCGCCUGUCUCUUCUCUCUCCUUGAGCUGCAGAGCCAUGGCCCGGGGCCGCGGGGUCGCUGUCAUCCUGGUCCUGCUGGGGCUGGGCCUGGUGCUGGCCAUCAUCGUGCCUGCUGUGGUCCUGUCACGCCGCCACGCCCCCUGCGGCCCCAAGGCCUUUGCCCACGCCGCGGUCGCUGCCGACUCCAAGGUCUGCUCGGACAUCGGCCGAGCCAUCCUCCAGCAGCAGGGCUCCCCCGUGGACGCCGCCAUUGCGGCUCUGGUCUGCACCGGCGUGGUCAACCCUCAGAGCAUGGGCCUGGGCGGAGGGGUCAUCUUCACCAUCUACAAUGCGACCACAGGCAAGGUGGAAGUCAUCAACGCCCGCGAGAUGGUGCCGGCCAGCCACGCCCCAGGCCUGCUGGACCGCUGUGAGCAGGCCCAGCCACUGGGCAGAGGGGCCCAGUGGAUCGGGGUGCCGGGGGAGCUCCGGUGCUACGUUUUGCCCAGGCCCCCCCCCCGCCACGGCCGCCUGCCCUGGGCGCAGCUGUUCCAGCCCACCAUUGCACUGCUCCGAGGGGGCUACCGUGUGCCCCUCAUCCUCAGCAAGUUCCUGCAAAAUGACUUCCUGCGGCCUUCCCUGUACGCCUCGUCCCUGAGACAGCUCUUCUUCAACGGGACAGAACCCCUGAGGUCUCAGGACCCAUUCCCGUGGCCUGCGCUGGCCUCUACCCUGGAGAUCGUGGCCUCGGAGGGUGUGGAGGCCUUCUACAAGGGGAGGCUGGGCCAGAUGCUGGUGGAAGACGCUGCCAAGGAAGGGAGCCAGCUGACCCUGCAGGACCUGGCCGCCUUCCAGCCGGAGGUGGUGGACGCCCUAGAGAUGCCCUUGGGGGACUACACCCUGUACUCACCACCGCCACCUGCAGGGGGCGCCAUGCUCAGCCUCAUCCUCAACGUGCUGAGAGGGUUCAACUUCUCGGCAGACUCGGUGACCAGUCCUGAAGGGGCCGUGAACACGUACCAUCACCUCGUGGAGACGUUCAAGUUCGCGGGGGCGCACAGGUGGCGGCUGUGGGACCCUCGCAGUCACCCGGAGGUCCAGAAUGCCUCCCAAGACCUGCUGGGGGAAGCUCUGGCCCAGUACAUCCGUCAGCGGAUCGACGGCCGGGGUGACCACGAGCCCAGCCACUACGGCCUGGCUGGGGCCUGGGGCCACAGGAUGGGCACGGCCCAUGUGUCCGUGCUGGGGGAGGAUGGCAGUGCCGUGUCUGCCACCAGCACCAUCAACACGCCCUUUGGGGCGAUGGUAUACUCACCACAGACAGGCAUUCUCCUCAACAAUGAGCUCCUGGACUUAUGCUGGAGACGCCAGCCAGGCUCCAAUGUCACCCCCAAACCUGUUCCAGGUGAGCGGCCUCCGUCAUCCAUGGUACCCUCCAUCUUGGUCAACAAAGCCCAGGGGUCGAAGCUGGUGAUUGGCGGGGCUGGGGGAGAGCUCAUCAUCUCUGCUGUGGCCCAGGCCAUCAUGAACAAUCUGUGGCUUGGCUUUGAUCUGACGGACGCCAUUGCAGCCCCCAUCCUGCAUGUCAAUGACAAGGGCCAGGUGGGGUACGAGCCCAACUUCAGCCAGGAAGUGCAAAGGGGGCUCCGAGACCGCGGCCAGAGCCAGACGAGGAGGCUGUUUUUCCUGAACGUGGUCCAGGCCGUGUCCCAGGAAGGGGCCUGUGUUUAUGCCGCUUCGGACCUGAGGAAGGGUGGGGAGGCCGCAGGCUACUGAGGAGACGGCUCUGCCCAGAGCUGGAGUCUGGCGCCACCAUCAAUGCUGGGCCCAGGCGGGACACGGCCACGGGGCCAGGCACUUGGGCAGGAUCUGGACGCCCUGGCUUGUGGGGUCGACCUGGACUGCAAGACGCGGGCCCUGCCUGGCAGAUGGGUGACUGUGGGGACUGAGCCUUGACCUGCCCGUUCCCUGAACCCCCUAUGACUCUACCCUGGCCCCUCUAGUUC